AACUACAAGAGUCUCUCCUGGUUCUUCUCAAGCAGCCAUUAAAACAGACCUCGAAAACACCAUGACGAAGACGAUGAAGGCCUGGAAACACGAUGAAUAUGGCGGUGUUGAUACAUUGAAAUUAGUCACCGAUGCGGCGGUCCCUGAGAUCACCGAUGAUCAGGUCUUGGUUAGGGUUGUUGCCGCAGCUCUUAACCCUGUCGAUUUCAAAAGGAGGCUUGGAUACUUUAAGGCUACGGAUUCUCCUCUUCCGAUUAUUCCUGGAUAUGACGUCGCCGGAGUAGUUGUGAAGAUCGGGAGUCAGGUGAAAGGUCUGAAAGAAGGAGAUGAGGUAUACGGAGAUGUAAACGAGAAGGCUCUAGAAGGACCUAAACAGUUUGGAACUUUGGCGGAGUACAUUGCGGUUGAGGAGAGAUUGUUGGCUUUGAAACCUAAGAACUUGGAUUUUGUGCAGGCUGCUGCUCUCCCUCUUGCCAUUGAGACUGCAUAUGAAGGUCUAGAAAGGGCAGGGUUCUGUGAAGGUAAAUCAAUCCUUGUUCUCAAUGGUGCCGGUGGAGUUGGAUCGUUGGUGAUUCAGCUUGCAAAACACGUAUUUGGUGCCUCAAAAAUUGCAGCCACAUCAAGUACAGGAAAACUCGAGUUGCUGAAGAGUUUGGGCGUUGAUUUAGCCAUUGAUUACACUAAGGAGAACUUUGAAGAGUUACCUGAUAAAUACGAUGUUGUCUAUGAUGCAGUAGGACAAGUGGAGAAAGCAGUAAAGGUCGUUAAUGGAAGUGGUUGUGUGGUGUCCAUAACCGCUGCUAUUCCAUCACAAGGUUUCAGCUUCGUUCUCACGUCUAAUGGAUCUGUUUUGACUAAACUAAACCCUUAUUUGGAAAGUGGAAAGGUGAAGCCAGUGCUCGACCCUAAAACCCCAUUCCCUUUUGACAAAGUUAACGAAGCUUUCACUUACCUUGAGAGCAAUAGGGUCACAGGGAAAUUAGUUAUAUACCCGAUACCUUGAGGUCUGAUGUCCAAUACUUCCUUUCGCAUAUAAUCAAUAAGUAGUGUGGCUUACUCAGAGCUCUUGGCUCAAAAAUGGGCAAUUUGUUUGAUUGCAAUAAAAGUUGUAGAAACAUAUA